GAAGUUGAAAUCACUGGGAAUACAAGUGUGAAGGAGGGUGAGGCUCUGAGUCUGAUCUGCAGUGUUGAAAGUUUCCCUGCAGCUCUCAUUACAUGGACUAAAUAUUCUGAUGAAAUGCAAAAUAAAACAGAAACUAUUCUGCAGAACGACACUGUUACUGACCUGCAGAACAACACUGUUACUGACCUGCAGAACGACACUGUGACCUUCCUGAAAAAAAGUGGAAUGGACACCUUUUCCAUCCUUAACGUGACAACAGCAGAUGCUGGACUGUACAUCUGCACAGCAAAACAUCAGAACAACACCCUGAUGGGAAAAGUUAAUGUCACAGUGAUAUAUAUGAGGAAACUUGUAAUCACUGGAGACACAACUGUUGAGAAAGGAGGUGCUUUAAAUCUGACCUGCAGUGUUGAAAGUUUUCCUCCGUCUCAUGUCACAUGGACUGUACGUGGUUCCAACACAAACCUGCAGAGUGGAGCUGAUAGUGACUUACAGAAGGACACUGGAUCAGCCACACUCUUCAUCUCUGAUGUGACAGCAGAACAUUCUGGACGGUACAUCUGUACAGCACAACACCUGGGCACAACUGUGACUACAUAUGCUGAUAUCACUGUUACCUUGUUUUCAAAGAUCUUGGAAACCUCUGGAUGUGUGGUUCAGUCAGAGGUCCUGACUUGUGUGUGCAUCAGUGAGGGGUUUCCUUUGCCCACCAUCAAAUGGCCGCUAUUGAAGAAUCACACUGAGUACUCUGUCGUUACCACUGUGUCAAACCACACGGUCAACAGCACUGUCACUGUGACUGUAAAAGACCACAGCACUUCUGUUGAGUGUGUCAGCAGCAAUACAAAUGGGGAAGCAAAAGAAAACCUCACCAUUCGAAAUGACAUCUCAGAUCAAGAUGGUCAAACCAGUGAAAGGCAGAAUAUUGUUUCGUGGCCUGAAGUCAUCAUUGCCUUUUUGAUUGGGGUAGUUCUUUCAGCAGUCCUUUGCUGUUUGGCAAACAAAUGUCACAGGAAAAAACAGAGGAGCUCUGGAAAUCUGGAUGAGACUCUGGAGGUGGUGACCAGUCAAGAGUAUCCACUAAUAGAUGCUGGUCAAGCAGUGGAAGAUGAUCAGACCUACUACCAAGAGGCGGCUGAAGAAGGGGGAGCUGUGGCAGCAGAGAAAGCAACGUCUGAUCUCAAUGGUGGACCAAAAGAUGUGGAGUACGCCAGCAUUGAUUUCUCAGUGAUGAAAAAGAGGAGUCCCAGGGAGGCAGCAAAGAAGCAGGAGACCACGGAGACAGAGUAUGCUGAAGUUAAGAAAACAGUGAAAAAGAAGACAGAAGAGAAUGGUAAAGAGGAAGGUGAAGUUUUGGAGGGCAAAGAGUAUUUAUCCUGUGGAGGGAGAGAGUGUCUCAAACAUCAAAUCAGGAUGUUUGUUGUCAUCCUGGUGACCCUGCUGUUCUCUGUAAGAGGCAGCAAUGCUGACACAGAUUGGAGAAGACCAUUCUGUGACAGAGGAUACUGUAUCACUCUCAGUGAAGGAGAAAUAACAGCAGAGGCUGGACUCUGUGUUGUGAUACCGUGUCUUUUCACCACUGGAUAUGGCUUUAUACCCCAACAUAUAGUUUGGUACAAAUGUAAACCAUCAAAACAAAGAUGUGGUGAUUCAGACAUUAUAUACCACACUAACAAGAACAACAAAAAAGUUCAGUCUGGGUUCAAAGGACGAGUGUCACUGUUGGAGCCUGAUGUGAAUCAGGGGAACUGCAGCAUCAUCAUCAAUGACCUCACUGAGUCCGACUCUGGAUCAUAUCAACUCAGGGUAAAUGGUCUCCUGUAUGGGAAGGGAGUUGGAUAUAUAUUCUAUACAAGAGCAAUUGUCUCUGUUAAAGGUCUGACCCAGAGGCCCACAGUGAUGAUUCCUCCUCUGACAGAGGAACAGCAGACCACACUGACCUGUACUGCUCCUGGUCUCUGCUCUGGAUCUGACCCUGAAAUCACCUGGAUGUGGGGAGGAGCAGGAGAGAACUUCUCUCACAUCACAGGAAACAUCACUGCUUUCAAGACUGAGGAUCUGACUGCUGUCACUCAGGGACACAGCUCAACUUUGACCUUGAACCCUUCAGCUAAACACCACGGCACUGAUGUCACCUGUAAGGUCAGCUUCACAAACAACAUCACAACAGAGGAGACAGUGACUCUGAACGUGACCUAUGUGAAGGAAGUCAAAAUCACUGGGAAUACAAGUGUGAAGGAGGGUGAGGCUCUGAGUCUGAUCUGCAGUGUUGAAAGUUUCCCUGCAGCUCUCAUUACAUGGACUAAAUAUUCUGAUGAAAUGCAAAAUAAAACAGAAACUAUUCUGCAGAAUGACACUGUUACUGACCUGCAGAACGACAUUGUUACUGACCUGCAGAACGACAUUGUUACUGACCUGCAGAACCACACUGUUACUGACCUGCAAAACGACACUGUUACUGACCUGCAGAACCACACUGUUACUGACCUGAAGAAUGACACUGUUACUGACCUGCAAAACGACACUGUUACUGACCUGAAGAAUGACACUGUUACUGACCUGCAGAAUGACACUGAGAUCUUCCUGAAAAAAAGUGGAAUGGACACCUUUUCCAUCCUUAACGUGACAACAGCAACUUAA